AUGUUGGAAGCACGUCUCGAGCAAGCCAGCACCCUGAAAAAGGUCGUUGAGGCCAUUAAAGACCUUGUCCAGGACUGCAAUUUCGAUUGCAACGACUCCGGCAUCGCCCUACAGGCCAUGGACAACUCCCACGUCGCCCUCGUGUCCAUGCUCCUCAAAUCCGACGGCUUCUCCCCAUACCGAUGCGACCGUAACAUCGCUCUCGGUAUUAACCUCAUCUCCCUCACCAAAGUCCUCCGCUGCGCGCAGAACGAGGACAUCCUGACCCUCAAGGCCGAGGAUGCCCCCGACAGCCUCAACCUCGUGUUCGAGAACGCCGAGAACGACCGCAUCAGCGAGUACGACAUCAAGCUGAUGGAUAUUGACCAGGAGCACCUCGGCAUCCCCGAGACGGAGUACGCGGCCAGCAUCACCAUGCCGUCGGCCGAGUUCCAGCGCAUCUGCAGGGACCUCAUGGCGCUGAGCGAGAGCGUGGCCAUCGAGGCGACAAAGGAGGGCGUUAAGUUCUCGUGCUCGGGCGAUAUCGGAAAUGGCAGUGUCACGCUGAGACAGCAUAACAAUGUCGAGAAGCCAGAGACGUCGACUAGGAUUGAGCUGACGGAGUCGGUGGCGUUGACUUUCUCGUUGAAGUAUUUGGUCAACUUUUGUAAGGCGACGUCGCUGUCGUCGACGGUGACACUGUCGCUGUCGAAUGAGGUGCCGUUGUUGGUUGAAUACGCCAUGGAGGGUGGUUACGUUCGAUUCUACCUCGCCCCCAAGAUUGGGGAUGAGGAAUAG